UUUCAAUUCAUAGGUAAGAUCUACGCGUGGGAUGUCGUCAAUGAGGCGAUCGAUGAAGUGUCCGGCGAACUAAGGGACAGCAUAUGGUCGCGAACUUUUAACUACAGUUUCAUUGAGGAGGCCUUCCGUACGGCACACGCGGCUGACCCUAACGCCAAGCUAUACAUCAAUGAGUACAACCUCGACGCCAUUGACACAAAGUCAGACGCCUUAUACGCGUUGGUCAAGGAGUUGAAGGGUAAAGGAGUGCCCGUUCAUGGGGUGGGUUUGCAGGGUCACUUCAGGGAGAAUGAAGUUCCCUCAACUUUUCAAGAUAAUCUUCAACGCUUCUCCGAUUUGGGAGUGGAUGUGGCUAUUACUGAGCUUGGUAUCCGGUAUAAGUUACCAGGCUCAGCUGAUAAGAUUGCCAAACAAGCCCAGGAUUAUAGCCAUGCUUUCAGCGCCUGUAUGAACGUGGACAGGUGUGUCGGGGUAACCGUUUGGUGCUUUACCGAUAAACACUCUUGGGUGGAAGAAUGGGAAAAGGGUUAUGGGGAACAGGAGUUAUGGACUCAGGAUUAUAAACCCAAACCCGCCGUAGACGCUGUCGAUAAAGUUUUGAAAUGA